AUGUUAAUAAUCGUUUUUCUAUAGUUGGUUUUAUUAAAUUCAAGUGUAAUAAGAAGAUCGGAAACAAAGAUAGAUGAAUAGGGGAGAAAGUAUCAUUAUAGUGAGAAAUAUGAGGAGGAAUUUUCGUAUGAAAUUUAAUAAAGAUGUUCAGAUAAUGAUUCUGAAGGUUAAUUAGAAUUUGAGAAUGGUAUAAAAUAAAUAAUAUAGAGAUUUGAAGUAUGAUGAAGAUUUGGAAGGAUUUGGGGAAGGGAGAAAUAUUAAUGAAAAUAUUAAUAAAAAUGAGGAGAUUUAGAAAUAAAUAGAAGAGAAUGAAGAUGAUGAUGAGUAAAAAAAAGGAGAGGAAAAUGUUGAAAAUGUUGAAAAUAUGAGAAUAAAAUAAAAGAAUUCAGAUAUGGAUAAUAAGAUGAUAUUAAUAAAAAAUUAGAAUAGAAUAGAGUAGAGUUUAAAUUGAUAAAGUAAAGAAUGGAAGAUUUGAUUAAGAUUGAAU